AUGCAAACGGAGCCGGUUCACCGCUCUCUGGCAAUCACUGCUUGCAAUGAAUGGCAUUUCGUGUUCGGAAUCCAUGACCAAGAGGAAAAAUCCAUGUCCUUGACUGCUUCUGCAGGGUCCAAGCAGGAACAUCGCAAUACGCAAAAGUGUCAUAUCCGAGAAGUCCACGAGGUUGUCAUGCAGCUUUCCGCGGCACCGGCCUGUUUCGAAGGCUUCUACUACACAGCAGCUGAGCACCAGAAGAAUCCACACGAUCGUCAGGUUCUCGGACCAAAGUGGCAACCGAUUUUUGAUUCAGACUAG